AAUAAAAAGUAAAAGGCUCUAGCCUCUAAUCUCAGUUAUAGUUAAGCCCAGAAAGAUUUUAGAGCCUAAAUCUGCCAAAAUUAUGUCAAGGAAAGACUACUUCUUUGGCAGUUAGUGUUAGUUCUGGUUGUUAGACUGGAUAUGAUGAAAAUAAACCUAACUGAUCAUACAAGAAAAUCUUUAAAAUCCUGAUAGAUAUAUAUACCUAUCAGUAUAUCUCUCUCUGUUACAAAAAUCAUUUUGUACCUCCAAGCAAAGAACUUAUAGAUCCGUUCUUGUUAUGGAGAAACCAGCAAAAAUCAUUAGAAGAUCAAUCUAUACCUUGUUGAAAGAUUUUCACUACUUCACCAACAACCCUGUAAUUCUUUUGCUUCCUUUUUCUGUUUCACUUCUUCUCUUCCGAUCAACCUCCUCCCAUCAGUCUUUCCUUGUUCCAAGACUUCGUUUUCUUGAUUUCAAUCCUUGUCAACUCAUACUUAGCUAUGUUUUUAGUCUUCCUUUUGCACUAUCCUCUCUUAUCAUAGCAAAAGCAUCCAUAAUCCAAUAUCUAGAUCAGAAAACUACUAUUUCAUCACUUUACAGGCCUCUACUUUUGACCUACCUUUGCGGUAUACUUCUCACCAUAAUCAUCAGCAUAGCCGCCUAUGUUCUUCUUCUUGUAGCUUCGUAUUCCGCCGAAGGAAUAUUUGGGUUGUCAUCGAAAAAUCAUGUCUUUGUUAUGGCAUUGGGAGUUGUCUUCUACAUGGUUUUGACCAAUACAAUGAUCAUAUGCAACUUAUCUCUGGUUGUGGCAGGUAUGGACAAUUGCAAUAGCUAUAAGGCUAUUCAAAAGGCUUGUUUACUGAGGAAGUGCACAAAUUCAAUUGCUUUGCUGUUGGCUUUUCCAAUCAAUUUGGGACUUGCUGCUAUUGAGUCCUUGUUUCAGCAUAGGAUUGUAAGGGCUUACCAUUUGUUUGGAAGGAUUGAUGUGUCUAUGAUUGUGGAGGGAUUGUUGAUUGCCUACAUGUUUUCACUGCUGAUAGUUCUUGAUACAAUUAUUUGUUGCUUCUUUAUCAAGAGUUGUUAUAGUCAGUUUGAGCUUGCCAAGCAGAGUAGCCCAAAUUCUGACAGUUUACAGAGUUUAGAUGAGAUUGCUUGAUUUGGGUUUUUCAGGAUCAAGAAAAUCAUAAUCCAAUUGUACAUAAAAAAGGCAAAAUUAGACAUGUGAUAUCAGUUCUACUGAACUCUUUUUUUUUUAGUGUUAGUUUCAGAUUGUAUAUGGCCAUUAGCAAUACUGGGAGAUAUGUGUUCUUUAA